CUCCGUCUCCCCUUCCACCAUGAGCCUGAGGUCCAAGCAUAUCUCCAGCUCCAGUGACCAGCACAGUAGCCCUCUCCACUCUGUCUCAGUCAACAUGAGCCUGCUGGCCCCCCUCAAUCUGGAUAUCGACCCCGACCUGCAGGUCGCCCGCAUCCACGAGAAGGACCAAAUCAAGGGCCUCAACAACCGCUUCGCCUCCUUCAUCGACAAGGUGCGUUUCCUGGAGCAGCAGAACAAGAUGUUAGAGACUAAGUUUGAUCUGCUGCACGGUAAGCAGACAGGCCGCUCCAACAUCGAGCCUCUGUUCGAGGCUUACAUGGCCAACCUCCGCCGCCAGAUGGACCUGGUGAACAACGACAAUACCAAGCUGGAUGGAGAGCUGAGAAACAUGCAAGGUCUGGUGGAGGACUUCAAACACAAAUACGAAGACGAGAUCAACAAGAGACAAAAUAUGGAGAACGAAUUUGUGAAUCUGAAAAAGGAUGUGGACUCGGCACACAUGGUGAAGGCAGACCUGGGAGACAAGGUGGGAGCUCUGAGUGAUGAGAUCAACUUCCUCAGGUUCAUCUAUGAAGAGGAGCUGCGUGAGCUGCAAGCCAGUAUCAGGGACACCUCUGUGGUGGUGCAGAUAGACAACAGUCGUGACCUCAACAUGGACCAGAUAGUGGCUGACGUCAAGGCUCAGUAUGAGGACAUCGCUGUUAAGAGCCGAGAGGAGGCUGAGAUGUGGUACAAGUCCAAGUUGAACCAGAUUGCCAUCCAGGCCACGCAGUAUGGAGACGAGCUGAGGAAUACCAAGGGAGAGACAGCCGAAAUCAACCGCUUGAUCGUCCGUCUGCAGAGUGAGAUAGAGGCUGCCAAACAACAGCGUGCCAACCUGGAGAACCAGAUCGCUGAUGCUGAGGGCCGUGGGGAGCUGGCUGUGAAGGAGGCCAAGUCCAAGAUGAGAGAUCUGGAGGAUGCUCUGCAGAGGGCCAAGCAAGACAUGGUCAGGCAGCUCAGAGAGUACCAAGACCUGAUGAACAUCAAGCUGGCCCUGGACAUAGAGAUAGCCACCUACAGAAAACUACUGGAGGGAGAAGAGAGCAGGAUUGGACAUCAAUCUAUUGUCAAUAUCCAGUCGGUGUCCAGCUACAGUUCUAAGAGAAGCUGUAACAAAUACCACAGCAGCUUCAGUUCAACACCCAAGCUGCUGAUUAAAACGAUUGAACAACGAGGAAGCUCCAGAUUCAGCUCUCACUGAGGAGCUCUCAGAUCCUU